AUUUCUCAUUCUAGUGAAGUAGGAACGGUGAACUUGUGAAACGGAGGAAGGUGGCUGUCCUGCCCCAAUGGGAAACGGCGGAGGAAGGUUACGGCGGUUGAAUCGUUGUGUUAUGCUGCUUACUGAUACAGACUUCCAAAAAUUUCGAUCUCAUUAUGUUGAUGUUGGUCGACAACUGGAACAGAAGCACCUCCAGUUUCUCAAUAAGCAGCAAAUACUCCUACGCCGCCGCUUCUUCUCCAGCUCCACCAGAACCGCCGAAUCUCAACCCCAACUUUCUCCGGACAUAAUCAACAUCAUGGAACGAAAAUUGAACGCUAUAGAAACCCGACAUGCGCAUCUUCAGGUUGUUCUCAACCAGCCCGACGCCUUGCCGGAUGAAUAUUCCACGGCUAACAAAGAGCUGAAGAAGCUCCGACAUACAAUUGAUCUGAUGACUGAGCUGAGAAAGAAACACUCGGAGAUUGAUGGCCUAAAACUGCUUAUCGCCGAGACCCAAGAUGACAAAGACAUGUACCAAAUGGCUUCCGAGGAACUGGGACAGGCAUCUGACGAAGAGAAGCGCCUGCGCUACAUGUUGCUCAAGUCCUUGUUACCUAAGGAUGAUGCAGAUGAACGUGAUUGCAUCUUGGAAGUCAGAGCAGGAAGUGGAGGGGAAGAGGCUUCUUUGUUUGCAAUGGACAUUUUCAAAAUGUAUGAGAAAUACUCGCUGAAAAAAGGUUGGAACUUUGAGAUUCUGGAUGUGGCAGAGUCUGACCUUAAAGGAUACAAGGAAGCUAGCGCUGCAAUCUCUGGUGCAGAUGUUUUUGGAAAACUGAAAUUUGAGAGUGGAAUUCACAGGGUGCAGCGAGUGCCUGUGACAGAAAAAGCUGGACGAGUACACACCAGUGCUGUGUCUGUUGUUAUUCUUCCUCAGGCAGAUCAGGUAGAUGUACAUUUAAGGAAUGAAGACCUGAAAAUUGAUACAUACAGAUCUGGUGGUUCAGGUGGUCAGCACGCAAAUACCACUAACAGUGCAGUGAGGGUUACUCAUAUACCGACGGGAUUGACAGUUGCCAUACAGGAUGAACGUUCCCAACAUCAGAACAAGGCCAAAGCACUAAAAGUCUUGUGUGCAAAGUUAUAUGAGAUGGAAAGGAGUAGGGCUGAUGCAAGUCGUUCAAGACUUAGAGCAGAGCAGAUUGGUAGCGGGGACAGAUCAGAACGCAUCCGUACUUAUAAUUUUCCUCAAGGUCGUGUUACUGAUCACCGUGUUGGCAUCACUAGCCAUUCAAUAGAUGGUGUAAUGGAGGGAGAGCAUCUGGACAUGUUUGUUAAUGCUCUUAUCUUGCAGCAAGAAAUGGAUGCAAUUGCAUCUUUCACAUCUGGACAGUGAUUAACAUUGUCUCUCUGCUUUUCGCCCCGUAUUGUUCUUCAGGCCGGUGCUAGAGGAAGUUGCACCAUGAUAAAUUGAUUUAUAUGAAAGCUACUCAGUCUUGUCUGAUCUUGAAAUUCUUGUAAGAUUGUGGAUGCUGUUUUAUGAUAUUUCAUCUACAACAGACAGUUUGAACGGAUAUUCAUGGUAUGUACUUUCAUCUAUUUAGAUUUUAGUGUGACCAUCACCUGUUUCUUGAUGUGAGAUGGUUUUGUUCUGUGCCGGCUAGAGAGUUCUUAUAUACAGUAAAUGGGAUUUAAAAUUUGUGUGCUUCUUAUA